AUUUCUCUUAUUUUUUUCCCCCAACAGAUGGCUUCCGGUACCCUAUGGAUUUUUGUAUUUGUGGUCGUGAGUUGUUCGCAUGUCGUAAGAUGUACAAGCAAGCCGGAAAGUCAGAUUACGCGGAUCCAGCUGGACAGUAUUUCCGAAAACGUGUUUUUGCCUGCGGAAUACGCCUUUGACGUGUAUGUGCAAGAUUUGCACGGGAUGAACGAGUGGCGAGUGAAGGAAUAUCGUGUGGGGGAAAUGAAAGCGCUGGAGUUGACCGGAAAUCCCUUGCCUUACACCAAGUGCAUUUUUAAUCAGACUUCCGCCUCGGGACACAUUGUACAUGGUGUCAAGUGCAAAAACCAGACGCCCGCAGGCGGCAACUUCCAAGCCCGAUGUCAUUGCUGGAUGCCGCCGGGGAAAGACGCCCAUUCCGCGUGUCGUCCCUACGUGGACCUCGAGUCCAUCGUGAAAUUUCUCGCGUCUCCGAACACGACGUGGGAAACCAUUGCCUUCCGGUCGCAUCAGGUGUUGUCUGGUCGCUACGAGUCCCGGGAUGCUACAGUCGAAGCCUUGUUCCUGCCCAAGGGCGCCUCGCAUCGUUGGGUCCUGGCUGAGGCGUCCAUCAAGACGGCGUCUCGCGUCUUUGACGUUCCCGCCGGCGACUCGAUGAAGCUGCAAUAUUCCGUGUUGUCGUAUUCGGAGAAUGUGUCUGACUUUGUGGGGCCCGAUGGAGAUUCGGCGGCCUUUUCGCCGCCCGCGGGAGUGUUUUGUCCGCCGUUGGGUCAUUCCACGUAUCGCCCGCCUCCGUUGGCGGAGCAGUUUUCGUUCGAUAUCGAAACUGUGCUCGAGGACAUCCAAACUGUGAGCUACGAGACGCUUCACUUUGAUUCCGUGGAAAAGUUGCUUUCGUAUAGAUACCGUCCGCACUUGCACUCUUCUACUCGCGGAGGAUUCCUGUUCUCAAACUUGUUUGGGGGUUUCCACAAAGGAUCUGAUCCUUAUCGGCUCGUCCACGAUUUCCAGUCUGGGAUCCAGUACACAAUCAACGAAGAAAGCCAGAAUUGCAGUGUAGAGACGAUCCCAUCCGUUGCUGUUGAUGCCGUCCCUUUGUCGAAUCACCAUGUUCAAAUCAAGCACGCGAAUGAACUGCUCACUUUGGGCUCUCGCUACUUGGCCUUUUGGGGACUUAGGACGGUGAGAGGCGUAGUUUGCGAGGUGUGGGUCGGAGAACGAGGGGAAUCGGAUGGAUACUAUUCAACUGUCGAAGUUUUAUUCGCACACCCCAAAUGGACGAUUGAAGUCGAGGUCUUGAAUCUGGAGAAGCGAGUCCCGCUCGGAACGAGCGAGGGAAAAUUCGAGAAGGUGGCGAAGAGCUUUUUCUUUGACUAUUCCGUGGGUCACAGCCAGUGGACCUAUUUCGACGUAACGUCUUGUCUCAGCCGCAUUUCGAGGCUGUUCUUGGCAUUAACUCUGAAAGUGAGCUACACGGAUUUAAUCAGCUUCAAUCUUGACAUGGUGCUGGAUUCGAUUCGCCGAGAAAUUGCGAGGAUUGCUUCCGUGUCGCCGCUGAGGAUUUCUGAUGUUUUCCUGAGCAGCGGCGGAGACCGGAGAGAAGUAGAGGCGUACUUCGUCUUGCUGGAACGUCCUAAUGUUGUUAAUCCGCCUGCCGAAAAGCCCGAAGGGACGAUGAAUAAAGCAUUCAACGACCUGUCGGAGCUGCUGUCGUCCACCCGUGAAGUGAUCGUUUACAUCAGCGUUCUGCCAGAUGAAAGACGAGAGGUUUUGGUGAAGAGUGGCUCUUUGCGCGUCGUUCCGGACUUCGUUCAUUCGAAAUUCGUCCACGCUGGUUACACAGCAGGUUCGAUGGCGGGACUUGGAUUUUCCAUGGCUCUAUUGGGCGUUUGUCUAGGAAUACUGGCAGGCUUCCUGACGUGGAAACGUCAACCGGGAAUUCCUUACUUGAUAUCGGACUGAUAUCGCGACUUGAAGCAGUGUUUUUGGGUGUUCAUGCAAUAAGGCAAGUCGUUGGUAUACUUUCUAGAGAAAGAAGCGCGCAAGGUAUGUUGACUGGAAAUUGAUCUCAAUACGUUAAUUAUGCUAGUCGCUAAAAGCAAUAGCUUAUGCCAAUGAUGGUGUCAGUAUUCAUAAUCCGAUCAAGUUUUUGAAAUCUGUGUCACGUACAAUAAUGAAGUUGUGCGAGAAGUUGAAAUUUGUACAAUAUUUCGAAGUCCUUUCUGUGUACUUCGCGUUCCUGUUUUCUAGAGGAAAAAUGUUGAAGAUACGUUGACUGUGGAAAUUGAUCUCAAUACGUUA